AUGUCAGAGGAAGAGUUUAUGAUCAAGCCAGAAAAUAGCACUCCAGCUAAUGACACUUCUGAGUGGCCAUUAUUGCUCAAGAACUACGACAAGCUGCUUGUGAGAAGUGGUCAUUAUACCCCAAUUCCAGCAGGGUCCUCACCGCUCAAGAGAGACCUCAAGAACUACAUUUCUUCGGGUGUGAUCAACUUGGACAAGCCAUCGAAUCCUUCCUCGCACGAGGUUGUUGCCUGGGUGAAGAGAAUCUUGAGAACCGAGAAGACAGGACAUUCGGGAACCCUUGAUCCAAAGGUCACUGGCUGUUUGAUUGUCUGUAUUGAUAGAGCUACAAGAUUGGUCAAAUCGCAACAAGGUGCCGGUAAGGAGUAUGUGUGUAUUGUCAGAUUGCAUGAACCACUUGAAAACGAGAAAGAAAUGGGCAGAGCGCUUGAAAACCUGACCGGUGCACUGUUCCAAAGACCUCCUUUGAUUUCUGCUGUCAAGAGACAGUUGAGAGUGAGAACCAUUUACGACUCGAAGCUCUUUGAGUUCGACAACAAGCGUGGUUUGGGUGUUUUCUGGGCUUCCUGCGAGGCUGGUACCUAUAUGAGAACUUUGUGUGUGCAUCUUGGUAUGCUUUUGGGAGUUGGAGGACACAUGCAAGAGCUUAGAAGAGUUCGUUCUGGUGCGCUUUCUGAAAAUGACAACCUUGUGACUUUGCACGAUGUCAUGGACGCUCAAUGGCUUUACGACAACUCUAGAGACGAGAGCUACCUGAGAAAGAUCAUUUCUCCUUUGGAGACUUUGCUUGUUGGCUACAAGAGACUUGUUGUGAAGGACUCUGCUGUGAACUCUGUUUGUUACGGAGCCAAGUUGAUGAUUCCAGGUCUUUUGAGAUACGAAGAAGGCAUUGAAUUGUACGACGAAGUGGUUUUGAUCACCACCAAGGGUGAGGCUAUUGCUAUUGGAAUUGCCCAGAUGACCACUGUUGAUCUUGCUUCUUGCGACCACGGUGUUGUUGCCAAGGUCAAGAGAUGUAUUAUGGAAAGAGAUACUUACCCAAGAAGAUGGGGACUGGGACCUGUUGCUUUGAAGAAGAAGCAGAUGAAGGCUGACGGAAAGCUCGACAAGUUUGGAAGACCAAACGAGAACACACCUGAAGGCUGGAAGAAAGAGUACGUCAGUCACGAGGACGUUCCAGCACCUGCCAUUCCAGAAGAGAAAUUGCUGGCUCCAGAGGUCCAGAAAUCCAAGUCUUCUCUGUUAGACUCCAAGAACGCGGACGAGCAACCAUCCGAGAAGAAGGAGAAGAAGGAAAAGAAGGAAAAGAAGGAGAAGAAGGAAAAGAAGGAAAAGAAGGAGAAGAAAGAAAAGAAGCGUAAGGCCGACGAUGAAGACGGAGAGGAGAAGAAGAAGAAGAAGAAGAGUAAGAGCGAUUAG